AGGGGAGUAUAGUGGUUAGAGCAGGGGGGCUGGGAGCCAGGACUCCUGGUUCUGUUCUCUCACUGUGUCCCAUCCCCUUGUGGGUCUCGGUUUCCUCCUGUGGGCAGCCAGCCCUCCCUCUCGCCUGGCAGUGAGCAUGCCCCGCACACUGGGCACAGUGUGUGCUGGGCUCGAGGAGUUACCACUUGCUGCCAUUGCCAUAGCUUGGGUCAGGGAACGGGCUCAGCUGGUUCCAUGGAGCCCCUGGGCGUGACCCAGCUGUGUGCAUAGGCUUGGCAUGCAACCACGGGGCUGAAAGGGGGGACCUGAGCUCUGUGUGGGCCCAGCUCCCUGCGGGACAGCGCUGCCUGCCGCCCCCCACCCUGUUCCAUGUAGAGCCCCCACCCGGCAGACCCCACCCUGCUCCCUGCAGGACCCCCCCCCCCCAUGGGAUAGUGCCCUUUGUGGGCCCCCAUCCUGCUCCCUAUGGGACAGUCUCUCUUGCAGGGCCCCCACCCGCACCAUGCAGACUCCCCACCCUGCCCCCUGCAGGACAGUGCCCCCUGCGGGGCCCCCCAUCCUGCUCCCUGUGGGGCUCCCACUCUGCAGCACUGCACCCCCUGCAGACCUCCAUCUUGCUCCCUUCGGGGCCUGAGCCUACUCCCUACGGGACAGCCUCCCCUGAAGACCCCCCCCCCUCUUUUUUUUUUUGCGUGCCGGGCGCUGGGCCCCCGAGGACAGCCUGUUGGAUCCAGCACCUGUUCCUGCUCCUUGUGGGACAACCUCCCCUGCGGCCCCCCACCCUGUUCUCUGCGGGGUCCCAAACCUGCUCCCUACAGGACAGCGCCCCCCAUCCUGCUCCCUAGGGGGCUCCCAAACUGCAGCACUGCACCCCCUGCAGACCUGCUCCCUGUGGGACAGCCUCCCCUGCGGAGUCCCCACCCUGCUCCCUGCAGCCCAGCGCCCCCUAGCACCAUACUGGGGCUGUGAUGCCAGGACUGCCUGCUAGGGGAGAGCAUCCCCUACUGAGUCCCCACCCCAGUCCUUGCACCUCAGUGCCCCCUACCUAGUGCCAUACUGGGAGCGUGGGACCAGCGCUGGCUGCCAGGGGACGCUGACGGUUACGCAGCGUCAGGGCUGUGGCCCAUGGGCUGCUGCUGGUGGUGCUGGGAAAUGCUCCGUUUAGAGUAAACAGCGGGUGAAGGGCCAGGGUGUGUUUCAGGAGCCAAGCUGCAGCCAGGUGCUGACACCAUCACAGGAGCUCAGGAAGUGCUGUCUGGGACCCAGGCGCAGGGCGUGGGGACCAGCUGGCUUAGUGGGGUGGGGAAUGGAAGAUGGGGCUGGGACACCGUCUGGUGUCUGUCCCCAGUGCGGGGGUCAGGGGCUGGGAACAGGGCAUGGGGCCUCUUCCUUCUAGGAGAUUGUUAUCUGGCCCAGUUUGUGACCAAACUUCCCAGCAUUGCCUGGCCAGUAACGAAGCUCGAGGUGUCCUGCGGCAGUGGGGGCAGUAUGGUGAGAUUAGUCUGGUAUGUGUGUGACUCGGCCCCACUCACUGUGCAGGCUGUGUGUGAAGGGCUGAAUUUCUCCUGGAGGGAGCGGGGAGAGAAGGGUCACACAGGCAGCAAUGCACUACCUAGAACUGUCCCCAUGUCACUGGAGAACAAAGGACUGGCCGGUAACUCAGCAACAGAGACCCCAUGGAGCCCGCUGGGUAGCUACGGGGCCGGGAGGUGGGAGCCAGCUGGGAUCCGAGGCUCUGGCUGCUCAGGGCCGGGGCAGCGAGGGGGAGGCUGGGUUUGGGAGAGGCAGGGCAGCCAGUGCCCCUCCCAGUUAACACUGACUUUAGGCCCCUUCAGCCCAGGUUGCGGGUGAGUAGAGGCGGAUGUCUUGGUUUGCCAGGCUGGCCUUUGCCAUUGCAGAUACCUGCUGGUGGCAUCUCUCCCGAGGGCCUGCUGGGCAGCCAGGGGGAGAAAUGGGUGCUGUAUCCGGCGGGCUGUCCUCGGGGGCCCAGCACUCGGCACACCAGAAGAGGGCACUGCUGCAGAGACGGCUGGCCACCCCUGUGAAUCCAGGCCGGGCAGCUGGUAGAGGUGGAGGGCUGACCAGGCCCCGGGAGGCUGUAUGUUUGAGGUCUCUCCAUCCUCACCCCGCUUGGGGCCCGGGAGAUGCUGAUCCAGCACCGUCCAGCUUGGCACCAAACCCCUCAACAGUUGGAAAAUCCCCCCAGGCCAGGGCCUGCUGGGUAUUAGAGAGGGAUAGGUGUUCAAUACAAGCAUAUCUAAGCUACUAGGAAUGCAGCCGGUGACCGGGGAAGUGGUGGGGAAAAGUGCUCUUGGGAAAUGUUUACCCAAUAAAUUAUUUAAUGAUGGUGUAAUUAAGAUUGAAGGAUGUGCGGGGGUGGGGAGGUGGCUCCCUGCUCCCGGGAGGUUAUUAUUCACUGCGGGGCUGGGAGGCGCUGGGGAAGGUGGCAGGAGCUGAGCAGGAGAGGGAGCGAGGAGCAGCAGAGAUGCAGUGAAAGGAAGGGGGACAGGGGAAGGCAGAGGGGCAGAUGGAGUGAGGUAGACGGGAAGGGAGGAGGAUGCCCAGGGAACCGGGGACGGCCUGACCCAUCCCCGUGCAGCACAGCAUCUCCCACUGAUUCCUGGGACUUGGAAGGGUCCCCGGCCAGGCCUGGGUUCGGCUGAGGGCCUGGCUUUGGCUGUGGCUGCCUAGGAUUAGGGUUAGGGUCAUCUGUGGUGGGGGUCUCCCUAUCGUGGGACCGGUUAGGCGAGGGAGGACAGGAGAGGGCUGGGGCUAGCAGGGCAUUGUGGAGGAGGGGCUGUAGGGUGUGAGCCCAGGGUAACGCCCAGCUGUAUUGCACGACCCGGCCCUCCUGGUGCCUGCGCGGAUGGAGCCACUCCUGGUGGUGAAGAUCGGCUGCCUGGUGGCUCUGCUGUUCAUCACCCUCGUCUGCGGCCUCAUCCCGGCCCAGGUCAAGUGGUUCCAGAUCAAAGCGGCCAAAGGGUGGCACCGGCGCAUCCUGAGCUACAUUGGCUGCUUCGCAGCAGGGGUCUUUCUGGGGGCCUGCCUCAUGCACACAGCAGCCGACGCGCUGACAGACAUCCAGGGGGAGCUGGGCAAGCGGUUGCAGCAGGCUGUUGCUGGGCAGAACUGGACGGGGACACAGAACAACUCAUCUAGGGCCAGUGCCUGUGGGGCUGAGCUGGAUUACCCCUUCGCGGAGCUCGUCAUCUCCCUCGGCUUCUUCCUCGUCUUCCUCACCGAGAGCCUGGUGCUGCACUGCUGCCACUCGGCUCCACCGUCCCAUAGGGCCCCAGACAAGGACCCUGCCUGCUCAGCCCCCAGUGUCCCCUCCGUCCCGCACUCCCAUGGGGUCCCGGUGCCUGGUGGCCCCUCACCUGGCUCCUUCCGGGCCCUGGUGCUCUUCAUCACUCUGUCGCUGCACUCACUCUUCGAGGGGCUGGCGGUGGGGGUGCAGCAGGGUGAGGCGGGGGCCCUCCAGCUCUGCCUGGCCGUGCUGGCCCACAAGGGCGUGAUCGCCUUCAGCCUGGGGCUGCAGCUGGUGCAAAGUGGCACCCGGCCCCGCUGGAGGCUGCUCUACCUGGGUAUCUUUGCCCUCAUGUCCCCCUCCGGCAUGGCCGUGGGCAUUGGGCUCUCGCUCUCGGGCGGAGCAGCCAGUGGGCUGACCAUGGCCCUGCUGGAGGGGCUGGCGGCUGGCACUUUCCUGUACAUCACCUUCCUGGAGAUCCUGCCCCACGAGCUGAGCUCCAGUGAGCCGCCCCUGGCCAAGUUCUCCUUCAUCGCACUGGGCUUCACUGUCAUGGCCACCAUCGCUGUCUGGGCCUGAGGGGGAGGCAGGACUGGGUGGGGGACCCAGGUUUGGUGUCCCCAUGCCCUGCAGAGACGGACCCCAAAUGGUCUUUCCCCUCUAGGGGGCGUAGGGUGACCAGAUAGCAAGUGUAAAAAAUCCGGGCGGAGGGGGGGUAAUAGGUGCCUAUAUAAGAAAAAGCCCCCAAAAUUGAGACAUCUGUUCACCCUAAGGGGGCGUUGGCUCCCAUCCGGCCCCUGGGCAGGGGACUGGCUGGAUUUGGGGGUGGGGAAUGGGACAUGGGGCCUUUCCCCUCUAGGGGGUGCCAGCUCCUAUCUGGCCCCAGGGUGGGGACUGGCUGGCUCAUGGGGUGGGGAAAGGGCCAUGGGGCCUUUCCCCUCUAGGGGGUGCCGGCUCUCAUCCGGCCCCAGGACAGGGACUAGCUGGAUCAGAGGGCUGGGGCAUGGGGCCUUUCCCCUCUAGGGGGUGCCAGCCCCAGGACAGGGACUGGCUGGCUCAUGGGGCAGGGACUGGGACACCUAGUGGCUGUCCACUGGCUUGUGUGACACAAGCUGGGAGGUUCUCAGUGUGUGUCCAGAUGGCCCAGGUGGCUCCCACCCCAGCUGUUGAGCCAGCCAGCUCCUUUGUGUCCUAGGAGCAAAGUAAUCUCCCCACCUCACCAUACUGGGGUCUGUCCCUGUCUCCUGGUGUCUGGGCCUCUGAACAGGCUGAUGAGCCUGCCCUAGCCCAGGCUAAAGCAGGGGCCUUUAGCUCAGCCAGUACAGGCUCAUGGGCUUAGCAUGAGGGGUGAUGAGUUUAAUUCCCCGCUGCUGGUUACCCGUCCUGCGGCAUGGUGUUACAGAGCUGAACUCCCUCCCACUCUCGAGGGCUACAGCCCAUGGGCAGCGCUGCGCCAACCCCUCAGCUCACCCCUUCCUCCAGGGCUUCGGUUGCCAAAGCUGCCUAGGUGCCUGCUUCCCCUGCCUAGCAAUUGCUGUCCAAAUCCCUUAGGCAACUUGGAGAGGGCCAGCCACGGGACUCCUAACAGCGUGGGCCUCUUGGAUGCAGCUGAUGCCACGUAGGGUUGCCAGCCCUCACUUAAUUAAAGAUCAUGUCACAGGAUGAAACCUCCAGGAAUCUCAGCAACCCUAGUGCCAAGGCCAGGGUGGCUGUGAGAUGAAGCCACAAUCUCUGCGCAGCUUGUGAACCGUGGGUUCCUUGGCCCUUGCAGAGACUCCUGGGAAAUAGCUGGAAGCCCAAUUACAAUUGGAAACAAGGCUCCAUUUUUUGUAACUGAGAGGGUGAUUAACCCACGGAACAAACUCCCUGGGGCCUUUUGGGAAGACACUUUAGCCAAACGUCCGUUCCUGGGCUCAGUGCUGGGGGAACUGGGUGGAAUUUAGCAGCCUGUGGUAGACAGGAGGUGGGACCGCAGCUUGGUGGCCCUCCAAACGCCCGGCUCAUGGGUGCCUGUUUUUUAGACCAUUUGUUCAAUGGAUGUUGCCGCUGCGAUAAAUAAUGGCUUGUGUUUUGUGUGUCUUUGCUUGUGGUUCCUUUGGGCCCCUUUCAAUGGGACAGCAUCCAUGGACCAAUGGGACCAUCCUCCACUGACUGGAUUUUGGGGAUGCAGCUGAGACCCGGCACUGCUAAGUGCUAAGUGCCCAGGGAAAGCCUGAGGUGGGUUUUGAAGCCAAUCCAACAGAGCAUAUAUUACAGAAAGGCCCACCGUUUUCAAAAGGAAUGGGUUUUUUUGGGAGCCUGGCAUGCACCCCCUUUAAAAGCUCUGGCUUUUAUAAAGGGCCGAGCCCCCGCGCUUGCAAAACCAGACCUCUUUAACGUGGCUCAGUGUGGACACCCAGCAACUGCAGUGCCCCAAAUCACUAGUCACAAAAAUCAUCCCGUGCCCUGGUUCAGCGAGGAAUGAUCUGCAAGGCAGGCCAGUGCCACGCUGGUUGUGAACAGCAUCGUACCACGUACAGCCUGCAGCUGGGUAAGGUGUUCCGUCCGUGUACUGGAAAUAGGUUCUGAUAGUUCGCAUCCAGCGGAGGUGACCAAUCAGUCUCCUGCCAGAGUGGAGAUGUUUGCCCAUCGCUCUGAAGAACUCUCCCACCCAUAUAGCGCUGUCCACAUCGAUGCUUUAGUCCAUGAAACUUAUAUUGGUCGGGGGUGUGUGUGUGUUUUUUUCAUACCCCUGACCGACAAAAGUGUUGCCAGCAAAAGUGCUAAUGUAGACAUAGCCUGUUAGGGGCUGAUACGAGCUCACUGCUUAACAGCCGCGUUUUCUAGGCGCUCUAAAAUCCACACCCUGAGUCACAUUGUUUUGAAAUUUGACAUGUCUCCUUAGUGUCUGAGCUAGGGUAAGUGGGGCAAAUUUGGAGUCACUUGGUCCAGGGGUUUCUGAGAGACAACGCCUGUAAACUGAGGACCUGAGAGUGAAACACUGCAGUUGGCUCUGGUUUGGUUUCAGACAGGCAUUGAGCCCAUGUCUCUCUCCUCGGCCAAGGAUGCUGGUUGUACGAGGCAAAUUGUUCCUCCUGGGCUGGCCCGCAGUGACAAAGGAUGAUUCCCUGGGAGACAGCUCUGCAAUAUCUGCCGAUCCCAGCACCCCUCAGCUGGGCUGUGUCUCUCACUGGGCACAGAGCAGGGGCUGGGCUGUUGGUAGGAGAGGGGCAGGGAGGCGCUUGCUGCCCAAAGCUCUUGUCAGGACAGGAUGGCAGACGAGCUCUGGAGGGAGACAGUGAGGCAGGCACCAGGCGACAAGGCCAUUCUUGCAGCGGAUGGGCUGAGGAUCGCAAGCUCAUAUCUCAGAUCAAUUUCCUGCCAUAGGAAGGUACGUAGCAUGCUGGCUCAUCAGCCCCUCUAACCUGGUAUUCUCUUCCUUGCCCCCCAUCACACCCCGGGGUCAAUCAGGCCUGGUCUCCCCGCCUUUCCUCCCACAUCAGACCCCUGGGUCAUCCAGCCCACUGACCCCAGCUAGUCCGGGAACCCCCAGCUCUCUGUUGCACCACGACAGACCCAGGGUCCGGACACUGCAGCCACCCAGUGGGCCCAUGUCCUGGCUGGUUACACAAUGUGUCCAUGGAGCCAGUUUCACACCCGCUGCCGUGCAGGAGCAGUUGGGGCUGCCAGUCAGGACUAUGGGGCACUGGCAGACCUGUGGGUGGGGCAGCUCAUGGCUGGUGUUAUUCCAGCCUCAGGCUCCAUCCCGGCAGCUCUUCCAGUGCCACUGAAUCCUUGAGGAGGAGUGAGGGAGAGACUGGUCCUUGUCACACCUCCCAUCCCAGAGCUGAGAAAGAACCCAGGAGUCCUGGAUUCCAGCCCCCUCUGCUCUAACCACUAGACACUAGUGGGUUAGAGCAGGUGGGGCGGGGUGGGAGAUCCCAUUCCCACACCCAGAACUGGGGAUAGAAACUAGGAGUCCUGGUUCCCAGACCCCCUGCUCUAACCACUAGACACUAGUGGGUUAGAGCAGGUGGGGCGGGGUGGGGGGUGGGAGAACAGAACCAGGACUCCUGGGUUCUAUCCAUAGCUGUGGGAGGGGAAUGGGAUUUCGUAGGUUAGAGUUGGGGGAUUGGGAAUCAAGAAUCCCAGGUGUAGCAGAAAGAAAGUCUGAAACAUGAGGCCUUGUACCAAAGGCCCUGUAUGAGGCUUGAGGCCUGAACUAAAGUAGUGGGUCAAGCCCUGCUAAUAUCAAGCAAAGUUAGCAAGAGACAGGCUGAGAGCAGAAGUCAGGCUGUGCCUGUGUAACACCAACAGACCUUGGUUGUCAGCAGGCGGGAUUGAGCCUGGGUCCUGUAGGAGCUUAGUGCAUGAGCCUUUACUGCAUGAGCUAAAAGCCAACUGCUGUUAGCUAAGGCUGUAGGGCAGAUUCAUUAACGCUGUCGAAGUGGUCUCAGUGUCACCAGAUGGGACAGAACGCCACAGCCAGGAGGUGUGUGGGUUACACAGGCUCACAGAACCUGGCAAGAACAGGGCUGGGAUUGCAGAAACACACACAUUCCUGAGAAGUGCUAGGCAAAGGACACUCACGCAAAUGCACUCCAGAAGGGUGGUAGCAGAACACCCUGGUACCAAGUAUGAGGUACAAACACUCAUCCAAGAAUACACUGACCCCCUCUUAGUGAUACGGGCAGGAUGGGAGCGUAAUGAAUAAAAAUGUUUUGAUUGAACCACCAUGUACAAGGUAAAGGGUGGUAACUAACCAUGUCAAAGGGGCAGUAACUAACUAUGUCAGAGGGGCAAUAUAUAACUUGUUUGUAUCGGUGAAUAAUGAGGGGUCUUACAUGCAGUGUCUUUGGCCAGCCUAGGGGACAGUGAAAAGUCCCACCGCUCACUGAGCAGCGUCUGUUGUCACAGGCUACAUGUCUUAGUAUCCUCAUAGAGUCUGCCGGGUGCUAUUACCGUGCUUCGUCGACAAUAAAGCUGGCCGGGUGCCUUCGCUCCUUGGCAAAGUUUUGUGGGUUUUGUGGGCAGUUUGAUCAGAACCUGCUGUACGGCCACAGCCAGUGCAGCAUGCAGAAAAAACACACACGUGGAGCCAACAACUGACCCCGCCCGCUGUAAAAACUAUAACUUUUAACCUUUAAAACAAAGAGAGAGCAGAGAGGCAGGGGAAAAGUGUGAAGAGCAAUCUAGGAAGGUAGGGAGACCUGAGCCAAGAGAGAUUAUCAAGGUAUCUUAAAGUACCGGCAGCAGCAGCCAGUUUAGCAAACUGAGAAAGGAUAUAAAAGAAAACUGGUAGGUAAAAAUAUUUGAGAAAGAAGGGUCUAUUUUUAUCUCUGAGCAAGGAGUGUGUGGCUUCGUGGGUUAAAGCAGUUGUGAACCCGCACCCCUGGUUUUUAUCCUGGCUUUGAGAGGAUAGUGGGGGUCAUUACCUGAAUUUGUUCCCCCAGUGUUUGUUGCUUUUGUCUGCAUGCCAAAUGGAUUGCAGGAGUGCCCUUACAUACUGCAGUUAACUGUUUUUUGGGCACCUCCAGGCAUUAAUGCAUCAAUUCUAGGUGUUAACCUGCUCAAUUUUGGGUUUUCACUUUGAAAUUCUUUAUUCACUCCCCCAAGAUUGAGUCUCAGCUUCUGUCUCCUAAUGUGCUCUGUGAACUGUUCCAUUUUUUCCUUCAUCUGAGUUACCAAUCCAGUGAAUGUACUGUUUGCUACUUCUCCCUCCUGGGCACUUAUUUGUCCCAUUCUGACAGGCACCAGUCUAGGUCUCAGUUUAAGUUUUACCAGAACCUGGAUUUAUCUUACAGUGGUGGUUGCACUACAUUGGCCCGUUUCAUUUUUUAACUUUGCUAGGGUUACCGUUUUCCAUUUCUGUCCCCACUCUUCAGGCAUAGGGUAGCUACCACAAGCCUGUUGUUGACCGCAAAUAUUUCUAACAGGAGGGCACGUCUUUUUUGCAGAGUUUUUCAGCUGUUUCCAAUGUUUUAUUCUGUUCCUGUUCUUGCUGUAAGGUAAACUCUCGUAGGUGGUUACCUUACUUUACCAUCCGUACAUUUACGCUCCAUCUGUCCCUUAAGUUUUUACAUUUCCUUUUAUGACUGAUGGACAGAUUUUAUUUUUCAAUUGUUUUUAGUUUCUUAUGGUGGGCCUGGGAAUGUUAGACUCCUGAAUCAUGAUUGAGGAGUGGGGUUUUAUGAGUGAGCCUUGGUGGUACCCAAAUAAUGAAUACAUAUGGAUAAUAUGUGUGACAGUGCCCCCCAUAAAGCUUUAUGGAAAUAUACUUCUGAAUGUAUAUAUGACAUAACUAGAAUGUGUUUUAUGCUACAUAUGUCAUCAUGUAACAUAUCUCUGUAAAGGUUAUGAUCUACUGAAUCUAUUAAUCCUAUUUGUAUGCAUGUAUCAUUUCUGUAUUCAAGGUUAUGAACUUUGUCUGCAUACUUGUUUGAUUCUGAGUAGGUUUUAGUGAAGUGGUUGGUCAGCUUCCUGAGAAAAGACUAUUCUCAGUAAGUGCUCAAUCAAGAAGCUCUUAAGCCAACAAUGAACUUGGAGACGCCAAUCCACAUCUGGGCUUUCCCAGGAAUGUGGCUUGGCUGGUAAGAAACUCAGUCAGGCACAGACAUGUGACUUGCCCGGGUGACUCCAAAACUCCAUUUUGUAGAUGGACUUUGCAUAGGCGAGAGGAGGGGGUCUCCACCCACAAGAGAAAGUCUAUUUAAACCCCUGGGAGACCCCUCCAUUUGGUCUUCAGCUGGCUAAAGAAAGAGCCUCUCCAUCCCCAAGGAUACCUGAAAGAAACUGGAACAAAGGACAAUAACUACAGGGGGUGUGAGUGAUUGCUGGACCCAGACUAGAAGGAGGCUAGUCUGUAAAAGGAAGCUUACUGGAUGACGAUUUUAUCUGUAUUCAGUUUUAUUACUGUACUAGACGUAGACUUGCAUGUUCUAUUUUAUUUUGCUUGGUAAUUCACUUUGUUCUGUCUGUUACUACCUGGAGCCACUUAAAUACUACUUCCUGUAUUUAAUAAAAUCACUUUUUACUUAUAAAUUAA